UUGGUGCCAGCUCAGUUGCCAUUCGUUUAGGUGUUACAGAGCACUUCAUUUUAAGUGUAUGAGCUGAAUAGCUCACCUUUCUGUUGACUGGAUUAAAGUUGCUGACCGCCAUUGAUUUAAGUGUGUCUGUGUGUUUGAGUGCGUCUGGAGGGAGAAAGAGAGAGCGAGAGCGAGAGAGAAUUACUAUGGUAACCACAGUGUAAUUAUGAGGUACAGCUAUGUAUAUCCACGGAACCGAACUCGGGAGACAAUGCGGGCACUGGCAGUGUGUGUACACUGUAGUCACUAUGUGAUCAGGGAUGCAAUACUGUAGAGUUGGUGUUUAUCCCUGGGCUUGGUCUAUGUCCUGAUCACAAUUUUUUUAUUUUUUUUUGGUGUAAGUGGGGACAAUAUAUCAGCUGACCUUCUCUUCACCAGAAGUAUAAUUCCUAAAGAACCAGUAGCAGGAAAUUGUUGAAUACAGUAGAUGCACACACUGACCGGCCUCGGUAAUGCACCGUGAUGACAGUGGACCUGGGUAUGGAAGUGGAGCAACACCGGAAUGGAUAUGUAUUGCAGAUAAGAAGCUCACACUCAGCUCAGGAAGUCUUUCUCAUGCAACAUCCUGUUAGUGGUGUCCCUGUAGAUGUGCUGUUUCAUUGUUUCUCUUGGUACAUGAGACCCACAAUGAUAGCCGUCUGCUCACUGGAAACGUGUGUGCCCUUCCUGCACACACCCACAGCAGAGGAACGGAACUAAGCUUACAGUGGCUUUUAUGGUGAAUAUUAUGCUCUUGACUGUGUUUGCUGGUGAAAGCAUCGCUCCUGUAGGAGCUGUAAUGCUGAAAGCAUCUCCGGUGCAGGACAUUCCAAGAAGUUGGUUUUGUGAAGCUGUGUCACACCCCUUUCCUCGUUCCAACGCUGUGUUUUAGCCAACAUAUUUUUCAGGAUGUUAUGGGUGCCACUGGUGCCUCGGGGGUUAACUCAGACAGAGCUCUGCCCAGCUCAGAGAUGUACCAGCUGGACAUAGUGCUGAAGAGAGGACACAACCUGGCCAUACGGGACAGAGGAGGUACCAGUGAUCCAUAUGUGAAGUUUAAGCUGUGCGGGAAGGAGGUGUUUCGCAGUAAGACCAUCCACAAGAACCUUAACCCUGUCUGGGACGAGGGGACUAAACUACUGGUGGACAGUCUGCAGGAACCUCUCUAUGUCAAGGUGUUUGACUAUGACUUCGGCCUUCAGGAUGACUUCAUGGGUUCAGCUUACCUCUAUCUGGAGUCCCUGGAGCAACAGCGGGCAAUACCAGUUACUCUAACACUGCAGGACCCUCACUACCCGGAUGUAGACCUGGGAACACUGGAGCUGACCGUCACCUUAAGACCUAAAGACGGCUCCAUAGAGGAGCCGCACAGAGAUGCCACUACCAUGCUGCUCAAACGGACCUGGAGGCGAUCCAGUAAGCAGCAGUCAGUGCGUCUGGCAGAGCUGCACCGUAAGCACCAGCUGUGGAGAGGCAUUGUCAGCAUCUCUCUGAUCGAAGGUCGUGACCUUUGCCCCAUGGACCCUAACGGCCUCAGUGACCCCUAUGCGAAGUUCAGACUGGGAAACCAGAAGUACAGGAGCAAGACCAUGCCUAAGACGCUGUGUCCCCAGUGGAGAGAGCAGUUUGAUCUGCACCUGUAUGAAGAGACAGGAGGAGUGCUGGAAAUUGCAGUCUGGGACAAAGAUACAGGACGCAGGGAUGACUUCAUAGGACGCUGUACAUUAGACUUGUCCACCCUCGCUAAGGAACACACCCAUCGGUUAGAGCUGGCGUUGGAGGAGUCCCGGGGCUCUGUGGUGCUGCUGGUCACUCUGACAGCCUCCUCACACGUCUCCAUCGCCGACCUGUCACUCACCCCGCUCGACGACCCCAUCGAACGCAGGGAGAUCAUAGGCCGAUAUGGCAUGUUCCGGCCCCUGUCUAACCUGAAAGAUGUGGGGAUAGUUCAGGUCAAGGUGAUGAGAGCUGAGGGCCUCAUGGCUGCCGAUGUCACAGGUAAGAGUGAUCCUUUCUGUGUUUUGGAGCUGAAUAACGACCGGUUACAAACACACACCAUCUACAAGAACCUCAACCCGGAAUGGAACAAAGUCUUCACCUUUAAUGUGAAGGACAUCCACUCUGUGUUGGAGGUGACAGUGUUUGAUGAAGACAGAGACAGGAGCGCUGACUUCUUGGGCAAAGUGGCCAUCCCACUGUUACAUAUCCAGAAUGGAGAACAGAAGGGUUAUGUAUUGAAGAAUAAGGAGAUGACUGGACCAACUAAAGGACUCAUCUACCUAGAGUCUGACGUCAUCUAUAGCACUGUGAAGGCAGGCUUGAGGACGAUAGUUCCACCAGAGCAGAAGUACAUUGAGGAAGAACCCAAAGUGUCUAAACACUUGCUCCAGCAGAACUUCAACCGAGUGAAGAGGUGCAUCAUGUUUGUGAUAAACAUUGGGACCUUCAUUAACAGCUGCUUUGAGUGGGAGUCACCUCAGAGGAGCAUCAGUGCCUUCCUGUUCUUUGUGGUAGUAGUGUGGAACUUUGAGCUCUAUAUGGUGCCUGGGGCUCUGCUGCUGCUGUUGACGUGGAACUACUUCAUCACUGCAGGCAGGGAGUCAGGAGACACGGUAGGGGAAGCCACGUUUGAGUGGGAGGAGGAGGAAGAGGAGAAAGAUGACAAGGAUUCGGAGCGUAAGGGCUUCAUGGAUAAGCUGUAUGCCCUCCAGGACGUGUGUGUCAGUGUACAGAGUGCCUUGGAUGACGUGGCCUCCUAUGGAGAGAGGAUAAAGAAUACAUUUAACUGGACAGUGCCUUUCCUGAGUUGGCUGGCCAUAUCUGUUCUGUGUGUGGCUACAGUCCUCCUCUACCUCAUCCCUCUGCGAUACCUCGUGCUCGCCUGGGGUGUGAAUAAGUUUACUAAGAAGCUCAGGAAUCCAUACCUGAUCGAAAACAAUGAGGUGCUAGACUUCCUCUCUAGAGUCCCCUCAGACGUACAAAUGAUGCAGUAUCGGGAGCUGAAGUUCGAUCCAGGGCAGAGCCCCAGCAAACGAAAGAAGACCAACCUUGGCUAGACAUACACACACACACACACUGGACUCUGUCUCAGAGGGAUAUUCAACUCUCCCAUACUUUGUAAAUAGGGUACGCAACUGUAAACAUUGUAAAACAAAUCGUAUAGAGUUUUUUUAUAUUAUGAAUAUUUCAUCAUUAUGAUUAAGACUAGUGCUAGUUUUAUUUUGUAUGUUUUAGUUAUUGUGGAAGUCACAGCACAAAGGGAACACAGUGUAUGUUUUUUUUUACUCCUUUUCUUUGUUUGGUCACAAUAUAAUUUUAUAAAACGGGUCCAAACAUGUCUGAAUUUUUAAAAUGGAAAUAUUCCCUUCUGGAGACGUGUGUGCUUUCCUCCGACUAGAUACCUGGAUACCUGUGCAAGACCAACACAGGGACACACACUAGCAUCCAGGACUAAGUUGCCAGUUAUAAAAACUUUGUUUUUAAUAAAGAUUUAUAAAGAGA